ACACCAUGUGGUCGAGUUACUCGUGUCGUGCCCAUCUACCCCACCACCGACCCGCCCUAUAUAUAUUUGCUCCUCCUCUGCCUAAACAUUUGAGUGGAGAAACGAUCAAGCUCUUCUUUUCAUUUUAAUUCAAGAAUAAAAGAAACAGAGAAACUGAAAUGGCGAGUGCGGGAGUGACAAUGCAGGUAGGCAAUGAGGCCGUUGCAAUCAUCACUAUUUGUAAUCCUCCUGUCAAUGCUCUUGCCAUUCCAAUGAUUGAGGGGUUAAGGGAGAAGUUCGCAGAGGCCUCGGCGAGGGACGAUGUAAAAGCUAUUGUUCUUACUGGCAAUGGUGGGAGAUUUUCUGGUGGAUUUGACAUCACUGUCUUUGGGAGAAUGCAGAAAACUGGAGAUAUUUCUAUCUUGCCUGAUUUAUCAGUUGAUCUCGUGGUAGAUGUAAUAGAAGAUGCAAAGAAGCCUGUAGUCGCUGCCAUCGAGGGGCUUGCACUAGGAGGUGGCUUGGAACUGGCACUGGGAUGCCAUGCACGCAUUGCUGUGCCAAAUUCACAACUUGGUCUGCCAGAACUCAGCCUUGGGAUCAUUCCUGGCUCUGGAGGCACGCAACGUCUUCCAAGGCUUGUCGGGUUGUCAAAAGCUGUUGAAAUGAUGAUGUCAUCUAGACCGAUAACGGCUGAAGAAGGAAAGAAUAUUGGUCUUAUUGAUGCUAUUGUGCCUUCUCAAGAAUUGCUGAAAGCAUCUCAGCAAUUGGCAUUAGACAUUGUUGGCGGGGUCAAACCUUGGCUACGCUCUCUUUACAGGACAGACAAACUUGGCUCCCUAUCUGAAGCUCGUGAUACACUAAAGAUGGCAAGACAUCAAGUCAAACAGACCUAUAAAAAUAUGCCUCAACACCAUGCAUGCCUUGAUGUGAUUGAAGAAGGAGUCAUCCGUGGAGGAUAUGAUGGAGUUUUAAAGGAGGCAAAAGUGUUUAAAGAGAUAGUCCUAUCAGACACGGCGAAAGGUCUUUUCAAUGUGUUUUUUGCCCAAAGGGCAACAACAAAGGUAUGAAUGAUCCAAGAAAUGCAUUACACACUUCAUUGAUUGUUGAUAUUAGCAAUAGCAAACCCCCAUUUCUUUUCCCCUAGUCUAAUAAAUGAAAAAAUGGUGGGAAAGAUUGAAAUGAUGUUAAUAACUGCAUCGAACGAAGUUAACCACAAAACUUUUUAACUCUCAAGAAGGCUUUGUAUCCAUUUGGAGAAGUUGUCUCUUUUGAUCAUGUCUGCAAAGUAACUCAUUAACACCAGAUAUUUGUUUGACACUGAUCCCUGAGAUGAAGCAUGGACCUAUGAUACUCGAACUCGGGUAUGAUUGUCGGGUACGGGUACGUAUCUAAGUGUCGGAUCUU